GAGCGGGCGGGCGGGCGGCGGCCGCCGAGCGGCGGGGAGCGCGAUCCCGACGGGAACAUCCUCGGAGCUCGGUUGUCUGGACAUCGGAGUUAUCUUCAACUGUUCUGAAGCAUAAGACCUUUCACAUCAUUGUAGAUAUGGACAAAGAAGAAAGGAAGACUAUCAACCAGGGUCAAGAAGAUGAAAUGGAGAUUUAUGGCUAUAAUUUCAGUCGUUGGAAGCUUGCCAUAGUCUCUGUAGGAGUGGUUUGCACUGGUGGUUUUCUGCUCCUUAUCCUCUAUUGGCUGCCUGAAUGGCGGGUGAAAGCAACCUGUAUUCGAGCUGCAGUUAAAGACUGUGAAGUGGUGCUGCUAAGAACUACUGAUGAAUUCAGAAUGUGGUUUUGUGCAAAAAUUCGCUUUUUAUCUCUGGAAGCACACCCAUUUUCAAGUCCAAAGUCUAUGACUGAUAAGAUUUCAAAUGGCCAUGCUGUUCAUUUAUCUGAAAAUCUUGUUGAGGAGAACAGACACGAAAUAAGUAAAUAUUCACAGACUCAAUCACAGCAGAUUCGUUAUUUUACCCACCAUAGUGUAAAAUAUUUCUGGAAUGAUACCCUUCACAAUUUUGACUUUUUAAAGGGACUGGAUGAAGGUGUUUCUUGUACAUCAAUUUAUGAAAAGCAUAGCGCAGGACUGACAAAAGGGAUGCAUGCAUACAGAAAAUUGCUUUAUGGAGUAAAUGAAAUUACUGUGAAAGUGCCUUCUGUUUUUAAGCUUCUAAUUAAGGAGGUUCUCAACCCAUUUUACAUUUUCCAGCUGUUCAGUGUUAUAUUGUGGAGCACUGAUGAAUACUACUACUAUGCUCUUGCCAUUGUGAUUAUGUCUAUAGUAUCAAUUUUAACCUCCUUAUAUUCCAUUAGAAAGCAAUAUAUUAUGUUGCAUGACAUGGUAGCAGCCCACAGUACCGUGAGAGUUUCAGUUUGCCGAUUAAAUGAAGAAACAGAAGAGAUCUUUUCUACCGACCUUGUGCCAGGAGAUAUCAUGGUGAUUCCAUUAAAUGGGACAGUCAUGCCUUGUGAUGCAGUGCUUAUUAAUGGUACUUGCAUUGUAAAUGAAAGCAUGUUAACAGGAGAAAGUGUUCCAGUGACAAAGACUAAUUUGCCAAAUCCUUCAGUGGACAUAAAAGGAACAGGAGAUGAGUUCUAUAGUCCAGAAAUACAUAAACGGCACACCUUGUUUUGUGGGACUACUGUUAUUCAGACUCGUUUCUACACUGGAGAACUUGUCAAAGCCAUUGUAGUCAGAACAGGAUUUAGUACUUCCAAAGGACAGCUCGUCCGUUCCAUAUUAUAUCCCAAGCCAACAGAUUUUAAGCUCUACAGAGAUGCCUACUUGUUUCUACUAUGUCUCGUGGCAGUGGCUGGUAUUGGAUUUAUCUAUACUAUUAUCAACAGCAUUUUGCAUGAGGUAGAAGUUGGAUCAAUCAUUAUUGAGUCUCUUGAUAUCAUCACAAUUACUGUGCCUCCUGCGCUUCCUGCUGCAAUGACUGCUGGUAUUGUAUAUGCCCAAAGAAGACUGAAAAAAGUUGGUAUUUUUUGUAUCAGUCCUCAAAGGAUAAAUAUCUGUGGACAGCUGAAUCUUGUUUGCUUUGACAAGACUGGAACACUAACAGAAGAUGGCUUAGAUCUUUGGGGAAUUCAACGAGUGGAAAAUACACGUUUUCUUUUGCCUGAAGAAAAUGUAUGCAAUGAGAUGUUGGUAAAGUCCCAGUUUGUUGCUUGUAUGGCUACUUGUCAUUCACUCACAAAAAUUGGAGGAGUGCUCUCCGGUGAUCCACUUGAUUUAAAAAUGUUUGAAGCCAUUGGAUGGAUUCUGGAAGAAGCAACUGAAGAGGAAACUGCACUUCAUAAUCGAAUUAUGCCCACUGUAGUUCGGCCUCCAAAACAACUGCUUCCUGAAUCUGCACCUGCAGGAAACCAAGAAAUGGAGCUAUUUGAACUUCCGGCUAUUUAUGAGAUCGGAAUUGUUCGCCAGUUCCCCUUUUCUUCUGCUUUGCAACGUAUGAGUGUGGUUGCAAGGGUGCUCGGGGAUAAGAAAAUGGAUGCAUACAUGAAAGGCGCUCCUGAGGUUGUUGCCAGUCUUUGUAAACCCGAAACAGUUCCUGUUGAUUUUGAAAAGGUUUUAGAGGAUUACACUAAACAGGGCUUCCGUGUGAUUGCACUUGCACACAGAAAAUUGGAGUCAAAACUGACAUGGCACAAAGUACAAAACAUUAGCAGAGAUACCAUUGAAAAUAAUAUGGAUUUUAUGGGAUUAAUUAUAAUGCAGAACAAAUUAAAGCAAGAAACCCCUGCAGUACUUGAAGAUUUGCAUAAAGCCAACAUUCGUACUGUCAUGGUCACAGGUGACAACAUGUUGACUGCUGUCUCUGUGGCCAGAGACUGUGGGAUGAUACUACCUCAAGAUAAAGUUAUUAUUGCUGAAGCAUUACCUCCAAAGGAUGGAAAAGUUGCCAAGAUAAAUUGGCAUUAUGCAGACACCCUAGCACAGAUCAAUAAUUCAUCAGCAAUUGACUCAGAGGGUAUUCCAGUUAAAUUUGUCCAUGAUAGCUUAGAGGAUCUUCAGGUAACACGCUAUCAUUUUGCAAUGAAUGGAAAAUCAUUUUCUGUGAUCCUGGAACAUUUUCAAGAUCUUGUUCCUAAGUUGAUGUUGCAUGGCACAGUAUUUGCUCGUAUGGCCCCUGACCAGAAGACACAAUUAGUAGAAGCAUUGCAAAAUGUAGAUUACUUUGUUGGGAUGUGCGGUGAUGGAGCAAAUGAUUGUGGUGCUUUGAAGAGGGCACAUGGAGGCAUUUCCCUGUCAGAGCUCGAGGCUUCAGUGGCAUCUCCCUUUACCUCUAAAACACCUAGUAUUUCCUGUGUGCCAAAUCUCAUCAGGGAAGGUCGUGCUGCUUUAAUGACUUCCUUCUGUGUAUUUAAAUUUAUGGCACUGUACAGCAUUAUACAGUACUUCAGUGUUACUCUACUGUAUUCCAUCUUAAGUAACCUGGGAGACUUCCAGUUUCUCUUCAUUGAUCUGGCAAUCAUUUUGGUAGUGGUAUUUACAAUGAGUUUAAAUCAUGCCUGGAAGGAGCUUGUGGCUCAGAGGCCGCCCUCAGGUCUCAUAUCUGGGGCCCUUCUUUUCUCCGUUUUGUCUCAGAUCAUCAUCUGCAUUGGAUUUCAAUCUUUCGGAUUCUUUUGGGUCAAGCAACAACCUUGGUAUGAAGUAUGGCAUCCACAAUCAGAUGCUUGUAAUACAACAGGAAAUAUACGACUGAAUUCUUCACAUUUCUACAAUGAAACUGAACUUGAUACACAUAAUAUACAAAAUUAUGAAAACACCACAGUGUUUUUUAUCUCCAGUUUUCAGUACCUCAUAGUGGCAGUUGCUUUUUCUAAAGGAAAACCCUUCAGGCAGCCUUGCUACAAGAAUUAUUUUUUUGUUGCAUCUGUGAUUAUUUUGUAUGUUUUUACAUUAUUCAUCAUGUUGUAUCCAGUUGACGCCGUUGACGAGGUUCUUCAGAUAGUGUGUGUCCCAUAUCAGUGGCGUGUAACUAUGCUCAUCAUUGUUUUUGUAAAUGCCCUUGUAUCUAUCAUGGUAGAGAACUUCUUCCUUGACAUGAUCCUUUGGAAAGUUGUGUUCAAUCGGGACAGACAAGGAGAAUAUCGCUUCACCACCACACAGCCACCACAGGAGUCUGUGGAUCGGUGGGGAAAAUGCUGCUUGUCUUGGGUCCUGGGCUGUAGGAAGAAGAUACCAAAGGCAAAAUACAUGUAUCUGGCUCAGGAGCUAUUGGUUGAUCCAGAAUGGCCACCCAAACCUCAGACAACAACAGAAGCUAAAGCUUUAGUAAAGGAGAAUGGAUCACGUCAAAUCAUCACCAUAACAUAGCAAUGAGUCCAUCUCAGUGGUAUGCAAAUAGCUAGCAGUAUUGAGAAAGUAAUUUUAGUACUUUCUUACCCUGUGUAUCAUAAUGGUACCAUUUUUACUUUUGUCCCUUCUGAUAUGGGAGCUGAAUUGAGGGCUUUUUUAAAAACAACAAUAGGAAGACACUGGCCCAUAAGUUAAAAAAAAAUCACUUUUGAGUUCUCUAUAUAUAUUUCUGGAAAUUCUUUUUUCUUUUAGUUAUCCUCUGUGACUGGGUGCAGAAGAAAGUUAACAUAUGGUAACUUUCUAGACUUUAGAUUUUAAGACUUAGCUUACUCAUUAAGUUUAUUUUCAUAACCCCUCUAAUUAGAAAAAGCCCUCAUUCAUAGACCCUAAAUCUGCAGUUGAAAAAUAAAAUGCAAGUUAAUCAGCCUCCAGUGAAAGCAGGUAGAAAGCCUGUUUCCAUUAUUCCAAUAUUUCUUCCAAAGAAUUACAUAUUCAUACACAUCGGUUCCCAUUAGUAGCCUAGAAGGUUUUAUGGUAUUGCUUCUCGAACAACUCAGGUAAUUUCCAUUUAUAGUUUUACAUUUUCAAUACAAAAUGCCUGGGUGUUACUUUUCUAAUCAGCAAGGUGCUUAACUGCCUACAUGAGAUGUCCCUCUGAACUAUUAAAUGAGCUUCUGUUAUGUCUGGCGUCAUUAGUAUAAUUUGCUUCAGUUAAUGUUGUAGGACCUUUUUUUACUGGGGUAGGGAGGAGGGAUUAGAGAAACAAUCAUUUUGGGCAGUAGUAGAUGUAGAUCUACCUUCCUAAUAUCUCUUCAUGCCUGUUUUGUUUUCUCUCAGGUUUUAUAUUAUUUUAAAUGUCUUGUUUUCUCCUACAUUUUCAGUUACCAAAAGACAUAGGCUAAUUGUUGGCUUUUUUUUUUUGACUUUCGCCUCCUCUAAAAUUUUUUUAAGGUUUGAUGUAUGUUUCUUCUAUCAAUGAAGUUUGAAAGGAGUGGUUUUGACUUUUAUUUAUUUAAAGCUGUAUGAACUUAGACUUUUUUUUUUGAUGCCGUUAGAUGGCGCCAGUGGCCAGCGCUUGCUUGUGGAUAGGAUGGUUAACAUUUGGGUGUAGAAACUUCUGCAAAGGAAAAAACAAUAAAAUAAUAAAGUAUAGAUACUCAUUGAGCCUAAAGCAAUGUAGAAAAAAAUUUCAUCUUUCUGCUUUGCUUGGUUAAUGCUUAAAUCCUAAAUUAAAAUCAUAGGUGAUUUUAAAAAGAUCAGCAUUUUGGCAAAAACUAGUCAUAAAUACAGGUCCUGAUACUGCUGUAAAAUGGACACUAUACUACUAAAAUGAUGUGAUUCUAUCCUGUGUUCUUAACCAGUAGCUUGCUUGCACUUUUCACUCUAGCCAAUCAUUAUUUUCCUAAUUUUUAUCUACCAGUUUAUCAAAUAUUACCCAGAACUCUAGAACCAGUUGGUUCCUAUGUUUUAUGCUGCAGAGACCUGAAGGAUGUUUGGCAACCAUAGAAAAAUGUAAAUGAACUCAGGGUCACUGUUCCUGCUAUUGCCACUGAUGAUUCUUACAAAAAUAUAAUCGGAUUUUCAUCAAAAAAGUAUUAUAUGAUAUUAAUACAUAGAUGAUAAGAACAAUUGUUCCAUGAAUGAUUCUAUGAAGCUAUGCAUCUUAGACCUCUUGAGCUGUGAAUUAGCACUGUUUUCUAAUUACUUAAUUUCUUGGUCCUUUUAUAAUUUCAUUCUCAUUUUCUCCAUGUGUGUCACUUUUCAUUGAUAUCCCAGAAUUGUACAUUUUGUCAUUUGAUUUUAAUACUGUAGCAUAUAAUUGCUAAGUAGCAGCUUAAAAACGUAAUUACCAGAUUGUAUGUAACAUCCUUAUUAAGAGCAUGAUCAUAAAGAAUUCUAUUUUUGACACCCUUCCCCAUUUUUUAACAUUUAGAUUUUUAUAAGGGUUUUAUAUCUCAUCUGUCCAUAUUGUUUCCCAAGGAAUGAUGUUUUUAGUAGGUGGAAAGGAUUGUAGGAAGUUAUAUAUGAACAUAGGCAAGUUGGAUUAAGUUGUAAUUGAUGGUUUCCAGAGUGUUAUUUGAAGACCGUCUGUGAAUCUAGAUGUGGGUCUUAGUGCCAUAGAUAGACUGAGUCCUCCCUCUAGGUCAUUAUUACAUAGUCCUUUUGAUUUUGAACGUCACAUUAAAUUAUUUGAGUGUAUACAGACCUAAAAUUUUUAAUAUCUGUACAUAUAUUAUUUUGAUGUAUUAAGAUUAAUAAAUAUUGCUGAUUUUAAUUUUAUUUAUGCACAUACUUAAAGGACAGAAAUGUCCAGGAAAGUAAUUGUUAAAUAAUGGUAUGUAACUUUUUAACUUUUUAAAUAAAUAACAGAAUUUUUAAUGUGUGUCUCCCUCAGGGUUGUUUAAAGUUUUGUUUCUCCCUCAAUUAUAAAUAGUGGUAACUCUAUGUUUUGUAUCUUCUAGCACCAACUGCUGUAAAGCAAUGCUGCAAAUAAUGCUUGAAUAAAAGUGGCUAAGCCAGCAACAAAAAAAAAAUACUUUUUUUAUAUUAGUUUUAUAAUCCUUACAUCCAGAAGCUUUCCAAAUUGCACUUGCAUUUGAACAAGACUGUUGCAGGUUUUAGUCUAUUUAGUUUUCCAUGUUGAUGACUGCACAGUUCAAAGGCAUGGUAAAUAAUACAGCAUUGGUUAAAUUCCCUGUCUCCCAAAGUAGAGACACUCUCCUGGGAAGAGCAAAAAUUCAAGCUUUCAGAAAACAUUCUUAAGAUUUUUUGGCAUGCAUUUUUGACAUCCGAAAACAAGGGUUUUUUUGUAUUAAUGGUGGGAGGUGGUUGGGAACUUUUUAAUAAGAAAUUCAGGGUGUUCAUUUUUGUACAGUUAUGGGCAUUUACACAAAUUUUUAAUGUAUUGAAAUUUGGUAAUUAUGUGCACAUAUUAAUAAAACAUUUACUUCCUGUUAUGAUUUGUGAAUCCCCUAAAAAUUUUGGAUUUUUUAAAGUAACUUUAUAUCAGAAAUAAUGCAUCUUUAUAUUUUUAAAAUUGUAUUGCUGCUCAAGAAUGGUACCCUGAUGUCAAAAAGGCAUACACAUUCAUAGUUGUACAUAUAGUACUGUAAAUAGCCUGAUGAAAAUUUUUUGAUUGAAGCUAUUCAGAAUAAAAAUGAAUGAAAUAACA